CCUCAGGCUUUAACUGCUUUAAUUGAGUCUAUUCUUCUUACCCACCAACCCACUUGGGAAGAUUGCCAACAACUUCUCCAGGCACUCCUAACCACAGAGGAGAGACAGCGAGUCAUCCUGGAAACCCGGAAAAACGUCCCCGGGCAGGAUGGGAGACCUACUAUGCUCCCAAAUAAAAUAGACGCAAGAUUCCCUCUGACUAGACCCAACUGGGAUCCUGAAACCUUGGCAGGUAGGGAGCGUCUCCGUCUUUAUCGCCAGACUCUGUUAGCGGGUCUCAAAGGGGCCGGAAGGUGCCCGACCAAUUUGGCAAAGGUACGUGCUAUAACCCAAGGAAAAAAUGAAACCCCCGCAGGGUUUCUAGAAUGCUUGAUAGAGGGAUAUCGGAUGUACACCCCUUUUGAUCCCACAGCCCAGGAGCGUCAGGCAGAUCUUGUUAUGGCCUUUAUAGGGCAAUCAGCUCCUGACAUUCGUGGUAAGCUCCAAUGGCUGGAGGGCCUACAGGGGUACUCCUUACAGGAUUUAGUAAGAGAAGCUGAAAGAAUCUAUAAUAAGCGAGAAACUUUAGAAGAAAGAGAGGACAGAAUCAGAAAAGAGCAGGAAGCUAGAGAAGAUAAGAGAGAGAAAAAGAGAAAUAAAGAAUUAAGUCAAAUUUUGGCCACAGUAGUUCAGGGAACAGGACCAGGACCAGGUAGGAACCUGGGAGACAAGAGAAGGCCCUGAGUAGAUAAAGACCAGUGUGCCUAUUGCAAGGAGAGAGGACAUUGGGCUCAAGAAUGUCCAAAGUAGCUGAACAGACUUCAAAAGAAAACAACCCCAGUUUUGACUCUAGGGGACUAGGGGAGUCGGGGCCAGGAGCUCCCCCCUGAGCCCAGGGUAACCUUGAAGAUAGGGGGGCAAUUGACUACCUUCAUGGUAGACACAGGAGCUCAGCACUCGGUCCUAACAACAACUGAGGGACCUAUGAGUUCCAAGACAGCCUGGGUCCAAGGGGCCGGAGCUACUGUAAAAGGAAAAGAUGGAGCUCCAUUACAGGUGUUAACCCUGCAGCUGGAAGAUAAACAUCAGUUAUAUGAGGGACUGGUAACAAAAACUCCUGGUAUAUCUGAUUGGCUAAGUAAAAUCCCCUCAGCAUGCGCCAAGACAGGAGGCCCAGGACUAGCAUAUAACCAGCCUCCAAUAGUGGUCACAUUAAAACCAUCUGCAACUCCAGUUUCAAUUAAACAAUACCCUAUGAGCAAAGAGGCCCGAGAGGAAAUUAGAGCCCACAUCCAAAGACUUUUACAAAUGGGCAUACUUCACCCUUGCCAAUCCCCUUGGAACACCCCGCUGCUCCCCGUAAAAAAGCCAGGGACAGAUGAUUAUCGACCAGUUCAAGACUUAAGAGAAGUCAAUCGGAGGAUAGAAGAUAUCCAUCCCACUGUUCCUAAUCCCUAUAAUCUCCUGAGUUCUUUACCUCCCAGUCACAGGUGGUAUACUGUACUUGACCUGAAGGAUGCAUUCUUCUGUCUAAGGCUGAGCCUGGUUACCCAGCCCAUCUUCACUUUUGAAUGGAAAGACCCUGAAGCUGGAAUAUCGGGACAACUAACCUGGACGCGACUUCCCCAAGGAUUAAAAAACUCCCCUACUUUGUUUGAUAAAGCUCUACAUUGUGACCUGGCUGACUUUCGGGUAAGAAACCCACAGAUUAUGCUCCUCCAGUAUGUAGAUGACCUCCUCUUAGCUGCUGAGAUGGAAGCAAGCUGUUUUCAAGGUACGGAGGCUCUCCUAUUGAGACUGGGGGAACUUGGAUACCGAGCCUCAACAAAGAAGGCCCAAAUCUGCCUACAGCAGGUAAACUACUUGGGCUACCAGCUAGAGGGAGGACAACGAUGGUUAACAAAAAGUGAAAAACAAGCGGUAGCCUCUAUUCCCCCACCAACUUCAGCCAGAGGACUCAGAGAGUUCUUGGGAAGCGCAGGAUUCUGUAGACUAUGGAUACCGGACUUCGCCAAGAUAGCGGCUCCUCUACACCCUUUAACAAAAAAUGGGACCCCUUUGGCCUGGACAGAAGAACACCAGAGAGUUUUUGACAAAAUAAAAAGAGCACUGCUGAUGGCUCCAGUGCUAGGAUUGCCAGAUUUGACAAAACCUUUCAUCCUAUAUGUGGAUGAAAACAAAGGGAUGGCAAAAGGAGUUCUUACUCAGACUUUACGACCCUGGAAAAGGCGUGCUUAUCUCUCAAAAAGACUGGACAAUGUAGCCGCUGGCUGGCCCCCAUGCUUGAGAAUCAUGGGGGCAAUAGCAUCCCUGGUAAAAGACUCAGACAAACUCACCAUGGGCCAGCCCUUGACUAUUAUAACACCACAUGCGGUGGAGUCUAUCAUUAGACAGCCCCCUGACAGAUGGCUGUCAAAUGCCAGGGUAACUCAUUACCAGGCACUACUAUUGAAUCCAGAAAAGAUCAAGUUUGGUAGCCCUGCUACCUUAAACCCUGCCACACUGCUACCAACCCCCGAGAAAGACACUGAGAUUCCCCAUGAUUGUCAGCAAAUACUUGUGGAGAUGCAUGGGACGAGGGAAGACCUCACUGACCAGCCCCUAACAGAUGCAGAUGCCACCUGGUAUACGGACGGGAGCAGUUUUCUGCGAGACGGUGAGUAUAAGGCGGGGGCGGCAGUGGUUGAUGGAGAGAAGAUAAUUUGGGCCCAAGCACUGCCAGCCGGAACAUCGGCCCAGCGGGCUGAAUUGGAAGCCCUGAUUCAGGCCCUAAAGUUAGCAAAGGGCAAAAAGGUCAACAUUUACACUGACAGCCACUAUGCGUUCGCCACGGCUCACGUACAUGGAGAAAUUUACCGGAGGCGGGGCCUCCUCACCUCAGCUGGUAAGGACAUUAAGAACAAAGAAACAAUAGUGGCCCUUCUACAAGCCUUGUACUUGCUUAAAAAGGUCAGCAUUAUCCAUUGCCCUGGACAUCAGCGAGACCAGGGGCCAAUUGCUCGGGGCAAUUGGAUGGCAGAUAAAACUGCCCGUCAGGCAGCAGAAGGCACCUGCAUUCUCUACACACACGCAGACCUUAAGGCUGAAAUUGAGGCAUAA